GUUAUGCAGUUUAUGAGAACAAGAGAGGCUUAAGUGAUAACACCUGAGUUUUAUUAAUUCCAGAGAGAAACGACAUGCCCAUUGAGUACAAAAUUGAGUAUAAAAGGGCGGUAAUCGCUAGAACCCGACGGAGAUGGUUAAAAGUAUUGAGAACGCGAGAUUAUUAGCUGACAUGUCGAUCUCCCAGUAAGAGAUCUCGCGAGCUUCCAAGAAACCCAUGAAUUUCCAGGUUUUUGGUCGCUUUAGAGAUUGGAGUUCCGCUUCAUUUUCAUUUUCUGCGGCCACUGGCGCUUAGGUUUUGGAAUCGAUCUUGCAUGUUCCUAUCUGUUUCAUCCGGUUUUGUAUAUUUCGAUCUGAUUUCAGGUUCCGAGAGUUGAUACGUUUGCGGCUGUAUAUAAUUCGCUUUAGUAUGAGAUGUUGUUCCUUCUGAGAUUCUUUGUUCGUGCAUCAGAUUAUCGUUUUUGGUGAAGCUUCAGUUUCUGUUACGUCGUUUGGAGCUUGCAGUAGGACCACUAUGGUUACUUCUUUUAUUGGUGAGGGUGGAGAUAGUCCAGCUAUAUUGCAGUUGCGAAGAUGGGACCCCUCUCAAAUCCAACUAAACCUGUCAGAAUUCCGUGAAGCUUUUAUUUCUCCCACAAGAGAAUUGUUACUGUUGUUAUCUUAUCAAUAUGAAGCUUUGCUUCUUCCACUGGUUGCAGGAAAUUCUACAAAGAGGAAUAACCAUUUGAAAGGACUUCAGAGCCCUAGUUUUUCUGAUUUCUGUUCUACAGAACAGGAAGCAUCUUGCAUAUCAGAUUCAUUAGACAGUAUUCCAUGCACUUCUGAACCUGAAAAAGUUACUCCAGAUGGAUCAUCAAGAUCUGAGCACUACCCUGUUGCUUGUGAUGUGAAAUCAUUGGCUUGGGGUCACUGUGGGGAUUCAUACAACCAACACAAGGGUGCUAUUUUUAAAGAGCUUCUUUUUGUAUCUGGUGACCGUGGUGUUACAGUCCAUGCCUUUCGUCAGCCAGAUAAAACCAGUGAAAUGAUCUUGCCUGAGGAUGAGGUUGGACAAGGGAGGUGGGUGGAAUGGGGGCCUUGUGCUGCCUCACUUAAUAAUUUGCAGGCAAAAGAGCAGUGUGGUUCAAAUUAUGAAAGUCCUAGAAUUUUCUCAGAAGCAAGCAAGGGUAAUGCAACUGAUAAAACCUUUCAAGAUGUCUGCAUAGAAUCUGGGGAUAAUGAUUUGCUCUCAAUAAGCUCUACAUCAAAGAAAUGGCUGCGGACUUUCUUAACUGAAGCUGAUACUACUGAAUCUGAUGGUCACUUUUGGACCAAGUUUCCUGAAAAGCAGUCAUUUCCUUGUUCUGCAGAGAUAGUUUCAUUCAAUAUUGUUGAUAGCACAUCAAAAUUCUUGGAGUUUCUAUCUCGUACAAAACCUGUAUCGGAUGUUAAGGGAAAUUGGAUUGAGGAAACACCAUUACAUCCUGUGGCUGAUGCAUCAGUACAUUCAGAAACCAGUUCUUUGAGUCUAAAUGCCAAUAGCUUGCCCAGAAUCUUGAGCCUAGGGACCAACAAUUCAUACAAAUGUUCUAGAGUGUUUGCCAGCUCUUCUCAUCGUUUGGUUGGUUUGGUUUUGACAAUAACAGAUCCUGUAUUAACUGAUACUAGUGGUAGAACUGCAAGAAGUAGGGAGGUUUUAUUGGUGGUUACUAUGAUACACCACUGGGGAAUACAGUGGAUUUGCUCAGUAAAACUUCAGCAAACUUGUCUCAAUCUGGAUCUUGAGAUUGAGUGGACUGACUUUCAGUUUUCCAGCAAUCUUCUUUUUUGUCUCAAUGUAUCAGGUUUAAUAUUCAUCUAUGGUGCAACAACUGGUGCAUUUGUUGCAUGUCUUGACGUUUUGCAGAUCUGUGGACUCAAGCCAAAAUGUAAGUUGUCAGGACAAGCAAAAUUGCCUGCAGAGGAUAAUUUUACCCCUGGAGGUGCUGAUAUACAAAGAGAACCAGAUAAAAAAGUUAAUAGUGCAAUAGAUCACCAGAUUGAAGGGUAUUCACGUGGUACACGAGUUUUUGAAAGGUUGAUGGUUGCUUCAGAUUCUUCACUGUUAGCUUCUGUAGAUAAGUAUGGUGUAAUCUACCUAAUUUGUGUCGAUGACUUUAUUUCUGACAAUUCUUAUUCUCUUAAGGAGUUUCUCCCGCAUUUUGGGUAUGGUUUAUUGGUUGGCUGGGAGGUUGGAGGUUCUGAAUUAGGCUGUCAGAGAGUGUUUUCUAAACUCUCACAUUGUCAUGGUUUGAAUAGCUCAUUAUUAAAAAAUAAGAGUUUCCUCUUCACUGAUAAUAGGGAAGAUAUCAGGCUCCUCGAUAAGAAAAAAUGCUACAUCUGGAGGAGGGUAGGCCAGUAUGGUGACUACAUGAGUGGUUUCUCUGCUGUGUCACAGAUAGAGGAUCAGGGAUUCCCCAGUUCUCAAUUAGCAUUGAGCUCAAUGCGAAGAAUACUAAUUCCCAAUGAUGUAUCAAAUAAAUAUGAUUCCAUUUGUUUUUCACCCUUUGGAAUUACUCGGCUCAUUAGGAGGUGCAAUGUAAAUGAUAAGAAUGGCUUUAAAAUUGUUCAUAGUAACUUACAAGUAGCUACUGCAAUUCAAGAUGACCGAGUUUUGGACUUGCAGUGCACAAGGUCUGGUUUGCUUGGAAGGGAGGAGGCCUUGGUUGGAGAAGCAAUUGGUUGCUCUUUCCAGGGAUGUUUCUAUUUGGUGACACAAGAUGGAUUGUCCAUUGUUCUUCCCUCUAUUUCAGUUUCAUCAACCAUCCUUCCUGUAGAAUACAUUGGGUAUUGGCAUCCAAAUAUUGUCACAGGCAAUAAAUAUAACCUAGAAUGCCUUUUGGCAGGAAAUAAGGAGCACUGGCCACCUUGGAAAGUUGAAAUCUUGGACAAAGUUAUUUUAUAUGAAGGCCCUGAAGUGGCAGAUCACAUCUGUUUGGUAAAUGGAUGGGAUUUGAAAAUUGCUCGGAUGCGUCGCCUGCAAUUGGCAUUGGACUACUUGAAAUCUGACGAGAUAGAACAAUCUUUAGAAAUGCUUGUGGAUGUCAAUCUUGCAGAAGAGGGCAUCUUGAGAUUGCUCUUUACUGCUGUUUUCCAGAUCUUUUCGAAAGUUGGUAGUGAUAGUGAGAUUGCACUUCCGUUGAGGCUUCUAGCAUUGGCCACCUGCUUUGCAACCAAAAUGGUCCGGAAAUAUGGGUUACUGCAUCAUAAGAAAGAUCAGUUUUUGUUUCAGUAUAUGCUGGGCUCCAGGAGUCAUUCUCUCCAGUCAAAUUUACUAGACAGAAAUUUUACUGAAAUAGGUGAUUUAAGAAGGCUUGGUGAGAUGGCUCAUUUUCUGGAGGUUAUCCGAAAUAUUCAGUCUCGACUUGGUGUAAAAUUCAGGAAGUCAGGUCGAGGGCUGGAAGAUGAUGAGAGUGUAUUGAAUCCAGUGGAUACAAAUUUAUUGAAGGAUGACUCUAACCUUCCAAUGCUUACUUUAGAUAGUGUUUCAUCUGAAAUACAGAACCAACACGAAUUGCCCUUUCCUGCAUCUGAUUUGUCCUUUGAAAACAAUGAAAAGCUUAGUUUGAUGCCUAUGGGAAUCCUGGGUUCCUCACUCCACUCCAAUUCAGGAAAUUUUGAUGAAUUGUCUGUCAUUGUGUCACAAGAUGGGGUCCAGGGAAGAAAACUGAUUCCUUUUGAAAAUUCCAAGGAUAUGAUUUCUCGUUGGGAAAUAGCCAACUUGGACCUUAAAACAGUUGUCAAAGAUGCUCUGCAAUCUGGUCGUCUCCCCUUGGCAGUUCUUCAAUUGCACAUUCAAAGGUUAAGAGAUUUAUCCACAGAUGAGGAGCCUCAUGAUACCUUCAAUGAGAUUCGUGAUGUUGGAAGAGCUAUCAUUUAUGACCUGUUUUUAAAGGGUGAAACUGGGCUUGCCAUAUCAACAUUACAAAGACUUGGUGAGGACAUAGAAGGCAGCCUCAAGCAGUUGUUACUUGGUACCAUUAGGAGAUCUCUUCGAAUGCAAGUUGCAGAGGAAAUGAAAAGAUAUGGAUACUUGGGACCAUAUGAAUUGAAGACAUUAGAGAGAAUGUCUCUAAUUGAGAGGCUGUAUCCAAGCAGUAGUUUUUGGAGAACCUUUCAUGGUCGGCAGCGAGAAGGCAGUAAACUUUCAUCUAGUUUAACUUCUUCAGAUGGAAUCAAGUUGCACCUUAUAUGCUCACAUUCAUCCAACAACAUUAGCAUCGAAUGUGGUGAGAUUGAUGGAGUUGUAAUAGGUCCUUGGGCAAGUAAUAAUGAAAUGUCUACUUUUCCUGUGCCUGACGAAGACGAUACUCACACUGGAUACUGGGCAGCUGCUGCAGUCUGGUCUGAUGCAUGGGACCAAAGAACCAUUGAUCGUAUAGUUCUAGACCAGCCGUUUCUCAUGGGUGUUCAUAUAUUAUGGGAAUCACAAUUGGAAUAUUAUAUAUGCCACAAUGAUUGGGAUGAGGUCUUCAAGCUUCUGAACAUGAUUCCUACAGCUUUAUUGUCAGAGGGAAGUCUCCAAGUCAAUUUGGAUGGCUUUCAUUCUGAUGUAACCGUUGGAUGCACUGGUGAACUUCCUGAGUAUGAGAAGUAUAUCUGCUCUUCUGAAGAAUUGGACACGGUUUGCCUUAGUGUGCCAAAUGUUAAAAUUUUCAGGUUUUCAGCUAGUAAUAUAUGUUCCAUUUGGUUAAGAAUGCUUAUUGAGCAGGAGCUGGCCAAGAAAUUCAUUUUCCUGAAGGAAUACUGGGAAGGCACAGUAGAGAUAGUACCACUUCUGGCUCGUGCAGGCUUCAUUAUCAAUAGAUCAAAUUCUGCUAUGAAUGAACCUUUUGGGAGCUUAUCAGAGCUUAGUUUGACUGAUACCGGUGGAGAAUUACAUGGUGAUACUUUCCAAGCCUUGCAUAAACUUGUUAUACAUCAUUGUGCACAGUAUGAUCUACCCAACCUUUUGGACCUUUACCUUGACCAUCAUAAAUUGGCUCUGGAUAAGGGUUCACUUACAUCAUUACUGGAAGCUGCCGGAGAUUGUCAAUGGGCAAAGUGGUUGCUCCUGUCUAGGGUUAAGGGGUGUGAAUAUGAGGCAUCAUUCUCUAAUGCUCGUUCAAUUAUAUCAAGCAAUGUAAUUCCUGGUAGAAACCUCAGUAUGUUGGAGGUUGAUGAAAUUAUACGUACUGUUGACGAUAUGGCAGAAGGAGGUGGAGAAAUGGCUGCUUUGGCAACCUUAAUGUAUGCAUCUUCUCCGAUCCAAAAUUGUCUCAGCAGUGGAAGUGUUAAUAGGAAUUGUAACUCUUCAGCCCAGUGCACACUGGAGAAUCUAAGACCAGCUCUCCAACGCUUUCCCACACUAUGGCGCACUCUUGUUGCAUCAUGCUUUCACCAGGAUGCAGAUGGCAGUUCUAUGGCUCAUAAUACAAAGAAUGUAUUUGGCAACUCAACCUUGUCAGAUUAUUUGUAUUGGCGUGAGAACAUAUUCUCUUCCACUGGACGUGAUACCCCACUGGUACAAAUGCUCCCCUGCUGGUUUUCAAAAUCUAUAAGGAGAUUGAUUCAGCUUUUUGUCCAGGGCCCUCUUGGAUGGCAAUCUCUAGCAGGCAUUCCUGCAGGAGAAUCUUUUCUUCAUAGAGAAAUUGGCAUUUUCAUCAAUGCACAUGAAAGUGCUGGUCUUAGUGCCAUUUCCUGGGAAGCAUCUAUCCAGAAAAAUGUUGAAGAGGAACUGUAUGCUUCCUCAGUGGAGGAGACUGGAUUUGGAGUUGAACACCACUUGCAUCGAGGGCGUGCACUAGCAGCUUUCAACCAUCUUCUUGGCAUGCGAGUUCAAAAGUUGAAAUCAACAAAUAUCCUGCAGGAACAAUCUGGUGCCUCUGCAAAUGUGCAAUCAGAUGUCCAAAUACUUCUUGCUCCUUUGACUCAUAAUGAAGAAUCUCUUCUUUCAUCUGUUGUUCCACUUGCUAUUGUGCACUUUGAGGACUCCAUGUUGGUUGCUUCAUGUGCUUUCCUCCUGGAGCUUUGUGGCUUAUCUGCCAGCAUGCUUCGUGUUGAUGUUGCUGCCUUGAGACGUAUUUCUUCUUUUUACAUGUCCAGUGAGUAUAAUGAACAUUCUAAGCAUCUCUCACCAAAGGGUACUGCAUUUCAUGCGGUAAACCAUGAAGGUGCUAUUACAAUUUCUCUUGCCCAAGCACUAGCAGAUGAUUAUUUGCAUCAUUAUAAUGAUAGUGUUAUUAAGCCAAAAGAAACUUCUAAUAGAGAUUCCAGCAGUAAACAACCUUCACGAGCUCUCAUGGCUGUCCUACUGCAAUUGGAAAAGGCAAGUCUUCCUUUGAUGGUUGAGGGGAGGACCUGUGGAUCAUGGUUGCUAAAUGGCACAGGUGAUGGAGCUGAGUUCAGGUCACAACAAAAGGCUGCAAGUCAGCACUGGAAUUUAGUUACAGAUUUUUGCAAAAUGCAUCAGAUCCCCCUGAGCACAAAAUACCUUGCUGUACUAGCAAAAGACAAUGAUUGGGUUGGUUUUCUUGCAGAAGCCCAGGUUGGAGGAUACCCAUUUGAUGCCAUCAUCCAAGUUGCUUCUAAGGAGUUCAGUGACCCACGACUGAGGAUCCACAUUUUAACUGUUCUAAAGAGCAUACAGUCAACAAGAAAAAAGUCUAGCUCUUAUUCAAAUUCAGCUCCCAUGGAAAAAAACAAUGAAAUGCCUUUUUCAACUGAUACCAACCUCCUGAUCCCCUUGGAGCUUUUUAGGCUUCUUGCUGAGUGUGAGAAAGAGAAAAAUCCUGGAAAGGCACUACUGAUAAAAGCAAAAGAUUUGCGCUGGUCUCUUUUGGCAAUGAUUGCAUCAUGCUUUGCAGAUGUGUCUCCUCUGUCCUGCUUGACAGUUUGGCUAGAGAUAACAGCAGCAAGGGAGACAUCAUCAAUCAAAGUUGAUGACAUAGCUUCCCAGAUUGCCAAUAAUGUUGGAGCAGCUGUGGAAAUGACCAAUCUACUUCCUGUUGGUAGUAGAGCCCUUACAUUUCGUUAUAACCGAAGAAAUCCAAAAAGAAGGCGCCUGAUGGAGCAGACAUCAGGGGAUCCCUCAACUACUACCUCUUCUAAAGUUUCUACUGAUAUCAAUGUUAUCAGAAAUUCUGCCAUUCAAGAUAUCAGUGCCGAGGAAGAUAAAAGACAAGAAGCUGAUGAGCAAAACAUAAUUUUAAGUGAUUCUGAUGAAGUGCAUGUUUCUCUUUCCAAGAUGGUUGCUGUGCUUUGUGAACAGCAUCUGUUUCUUCCUUUGCUAAGGGCAUUUGAAAUGUUCCUCCCAUCUUGUUCUCUUUUACCUUUCAUCCGUGCCCUGCAGGCAUUUUCACAAAUGCGACUAACAGAAGCUUCGGCACAUUUAGCAUCCUUUUCUGCCAGAAUCAAGGAAGAAGCUCCUCAUGUGCAAACAAGCAUAGGAAGAGAAAAAUUAAUUGGAACAUCAUGGAUAAGUUCAACUGCUGUGAAGGCUGCUGAGGCAAUGCUUUCAACAUCUCCAUCAGCGUAUGAAAAAAGGUGCUUACUACAACUUCUGGCUGCAACUGAUUUUGGAGAUGGAGGAUCUGCUGCAACGUGUUUCCGUAGACUGUAUUGGAAAAUUAAUUUGGCUGAGCCUUCAUUGCGGAAAGAUGAUGAUUUAUACCUAGGGAAUGAAACUCUAGAUGAUGCUUCACUUUUGACAGCAUUAGAAAAGAGUGGAAAUUGGGAACAAGCACGCAACUGGGCCAGGCAGUUGGAGGCUAGUGGUGCACCUUGGAAAUCUGUUGUUCACCAUGUUACUGAAGCACAGGCUGAAGCCAUGGUAGCAGAAUGGAAAGAGUACCUUUGGGAUGUCCCUGAAGAGAGAGCUGCUUUAUGGGGCCACUGUCAGACACUGUUCCUUAGAUAUUCCUACCCUCCCUUACAGGCAGGAUUAUUUUUUCUCAAGCAUGCAGAAGCUGUGGACAAAGACAUUCCAGCAAAGGAACUGCAUGAACUACUACUUCUUUCCCUACAAUGGUUAAGUGGAACCAUAACCCAAUCCAACCCAGUCUACCCUUUGCAUCUUCUGCGUGAAAUUGAGACCAGAGUAUGGCUCUUGGCAGUUGAAUCUGAGGCUCAGGUUAAGAGUGACGGAGAUGUCAUGUUACUCAAUUCUGGCUGGAACAAAGUGAGUGGAAACAGCUCCAAUAUCAUAGAACGUACUGCAAGUAUUAUCACAAAAAUGGACAAUCAUAUAAAUGCAAUGAGAGCAAGAGCUGGAGAGAAAAGUGAUACAAGAGAAAAUAACCACAUGCAUCUUCGUAACCUGCAAGCCAUGGAUGCUAGCUCUUCCAUGAUGACAGGAGGAAGUACAAAGACAAAGCGGAGGGCCAAAAGUUCUCUUCCACCAAGACGGUCUUUGGUGGACAAUGCAGAUAAAAAUAGUGAUCCUGAUGAUAAUUCCUAUCCUCCUGUCAGUGUGAGGAACAACAUUGAAUUUGUUAAAAGCUUUCAGUUGCAAGAUGAAAAUUUUGGAGUAGAGGGCUCUGUUUCGAGGUGGGAAGAAAGAGUUGGACCUGCUGAACUGGAAAGGGCUGUUCUUUCCUUGUUAGAGUUUGGACAAAUAACAGCUGCCAAACAGCUUCAACAUAAGCUCUCUCCAGCACAUGUUCCUUCUGAAUUUGCACUAGUGGACAGCGCUUUAAAGCUUGCAGCUACUUCAACUCCUAGUAGUUGUGAACCAUCUACUCCAAUGUCGGAUGCAGAAGUGCUUUCAGUUAUCCAGUCAUACAAUAUAAUGACUGACUGCCAUCAAAUUGAACCAUUGCAGGUCUUGGAGAACUUAACAAGCAAGUGCAAUGAAGGUGGCGGUCGUGGUUUGUGUAAGAGAAUAAUAGCUGUUGUAAAAGCUGCCAAUGUCUUGGGCCUUUCUUUUUAUGAGGCAUUUGGAAAACAGCCAAUUGAGCUUCUACAAUUGCUUUCUCUUAAAGCACAAGAUUCGCUUGAGGAGGCAAAGCUUCUAGUGCAGACACAUUCCAUGGCACCAGCCAGUAUUGCUCGAAUUCUUGCUGAAUCUUUUCUGAAGGGUCUAUUGGCCGCACAUCGUGGAGGAUAUAUGGAUUCUCAAAAGGAGGAAGGACCUGCACCUCUUUUGUGGAGACUAUCAGACUUCUUAAAGUGGGCAGAACUUUGUCCAUCAGAGCCAGAAAUUGGGCAUGCAUUGAUGCGUUUGGUGAUUACUGGACAAGAAAUACCACAUGCUUGUGAGGUUGAACUUCUCAUUCUGUCACAUCACUUCUACAAAUCUUCUGCUUGUCUGGAUGGAGUAGAUGUUCUUGUAGCCCUUGCAGCAACAAGGGUUGAAGCUUAUGUGUCUGAGGGAGACUUUUCUUGUCUGGCUCGCUUGAUAACUGGAGUAGGAAAUUUCCAUGCCUUGAAUUUCAUUCUUGGCAUUCUUAUAGAAAAUGGUCAGCUAGAGCUUCUUCUUCAGAAGUAUUCAGCUACAGACACUACCACUGGCACAGCGGAGACUGUCAGAGGAUUUCGGAUGGCUGUCCUCACAUCAUUGAAACAUUUUAACCCUUCUGAUCUUGAUGCAUUUGCUAUGGUUUAUAAUCAUUUUGACAUGAAACAUGAGACAGCUUCACUGCUAGAGUCACGAGCUAUGCAGUCCAUCCAGCAGUGGUUUCAUCGCUAUGACAAGGAGCAGAAUGAGGACCUCCUGGAUUCCAUGCGCUACUUUAUUGAAGCUGCAGAAGUACACUCCACCAUUGAUGCUGGCAAUAAGACAUGCCGGUCAUGUGCACAGGCAUCUCUCAUCUCACUCCAGAUCCGCAUGCCCGACUUCGAUUGGCUCAACCUAUCUGAAACCAAUGCAAGGCGUGCGCUGGUUGAACAAUCCCGCUUUCAAGAGGCUCUCAUUGUGGCCGAGGCAUACUGUCUCAACCAGCCAAGUGAGUGGGCUCUUGUGUUAUGGAACCAGAUGCUGAAGCCAGAACUCACUGAACGAUUUGUGGCCGAGUUUGUGGCUGUGCUUCCUCUCCAGCCAUCAAUGCUCAUUGAGCUUGCAAGAUUUUAUAGGGCUGAGGUGGCAGCAAGAGGGGAUCAGUCCCACUUUUCUGUGUGGCUGUCACCGGGAGGUUUACCCGCAGAGUGGGCAAAGCAUCUUGGUAGGUCAUUUAGGAGCCUUUUGAAGAGAACAAGGGAUCUAAGAUUGCGGUUACAGCUUGCUACCGUGGCAACUGGAUUUGCUGAUGUAGUUGAUUCAUGCAUGAAAGCAUUGGAUAAGGUGCCAGAGACCUCCGGGCCACUUGUAUUGAGGAAGGGACAUGGUGGAGCCUACCUCCCGCUAAUGUGAAGAAAGUUUGGUGGCAACAAUGAUGAUGGGAGAUAAAAUGAUUCAGUGUGCUAAUGAGAUAGUAAUGAUGAUAGUGGUGGUAUUGAUGAUGACAAUGAAGGUAAACACUCUCACCUGAAACACAUUUUAAACUUGAUGCCAUUUAAGCUUUGGGUGCAGGAGAGCACAGUUGGGAUUAGCACAUCGUGUAAUAGGCUUGAGAUGGGUGUAAAUUAGGUUACGGAUUUUCCAGCUCCCUACAAAGUUGAAACAAGCAAUGGGAUGUAUGGAAAUGUUUUGCAGUGUAGGUUGUACAGUCCAAGUCAUCAAUUUCAUGCUGGUUUUGUUCUUAUUUUUUGGCAGAAACCGGGGCAAUUUGUAGCUUUGUUGAGUGCAUUCUUUGUACCAUGUAUCUCUUAGGCCCAUUUGACCUAUACGAAGUGCCCUUUUGUGUACAUAGAUGUAUAUUUCAACCUUUAUAGCAAACAUCAAAUUCCAUCGGUGGCGUAGCAAAGUUUCUUCUCC